AUGUUAGUUGAGAUGGACUCUGAUAUCCACGAGGCAGGUGACACACGAUUACCGAAGCGCACGCGACAGGCUUGUGACCCUUGCCGCCGCAAGAAGUCCAAAUGUUCUGGCGAGCGCCCAAUCUGUGCAACGUGCUACCGACUAGGAGCCAGAUGUUCCUACCGUCUUGACCCUCUACGGUAUGCGCCCUACCCUCAUGAUAACGGCGUCUCCCGCCAACACCAUGGGCCCUCAUCGCUUUCCAAAAACGUGAUCGAUUACAAUGUCACAUCCACAGAGCCUCGGCAACCAUGGGACCGCAUUGAGUCACUGGAGUCGACGUUGGCCGAAGUGAUUGAACGAUUGCGAGGCCAUCGCGCUACGAAUCAGCUGCCUACUCUUUCGCCAAUUUCACCUCGACAUCAUGCCUCCCAGAACGAAGGCUUGAACCCGAGCCAUGUCUCAGACGCAUCUCAGCCUGUCGCCAUCUCAAGCGGGCAUACUAAUGACUCUCGUUCGGCUGGUGCUCUGGACGAUGAACUGGAUGGUUUGAGCUGGGAGUCCGCUGUCAAUAUGGCCGAGACAUAUCUGAUCUACUGCGACUGCCAGCCGCUGCCGCUGUUCCACAGAGAGAGUUUUGUCUCCACCUUUCCAAACCGGGAACUAGAAAUCGUCUACAGCGUCGUCGCACUGGCUUCAAGAUUCGACAACUCUUCGACCAUGUCCUCCGACGGCAACUCAAUCCCCGAGGCCAAUAAAUUCUCGGAUGCGGCGCAUCAGAGAAUCAUGUCCCAAAUCACCUCGGGCCGCGUCGAGCUGUCCACAUUGCAAACGCUAUGCCUACUCGCGCUCAUAGAGUUCAGCAAUGGAGAGACGACUCAAUCGUGCAUCCACAGCUCGCUGGCCAUGACGCUUGCCAAUUGUGUCCAUCUGCACCAUAAACCGGCCUCCCCCUAUGACGAGCGGCAGAUAGAAGAGCGGAGUCGCUGCUACUGGAGUAUCAUUCUUCUGCGCCGUCUUUUCGGCCAAGAUUCCGGGAAGCCGCUGCCCUCGCCUUCUGGGCCACGCGUCCCUCGAAUCCCAGCAAGCCCAAUAUUCCCGUCUAUGACAGUCUUCACAGAGGAAGGGCAAGAUGUGGCGAAGUCGCAGAAAUCCGACGAGCAAAAUGGCAUCCUCUACGUCGUUGUCAAACUCAGCGAAGUCUGGUGUCGGGCCCAAGAAUAUAUCAGUAACCGAGGCUCUUCCGACUCAGGGAUGGAUCCGUGGUCCCUCUCCUCGGCCUACUCAGCGGCUAUGGAAUCGGCCAUGAAGCUGGACCAGCAGCUCCCGUCCAUACACAGGUACCGUUUCAUCCGUCUAUCCACAGUAACCGCCUCAGAACUUGAUGAGUCGCGUGAUUACUGGGGUCCCUGGUUCCUAAGCCGCCUCCUUUACCAUACGUCCAUAUGCAUCAUCAAUCAUCCUAUCCUCAUCAUGUUCCAGCUACAAGGGCGACGCCAUGUAUCAGAGCUCUUCCUCCAGCAGACUACUUUCCAGCGGAAUCACCACACGUCAUGGGUGCUCCAUUUCAUUGAGUUCAUGGCCUCUCGGCAAUUUUACAUCUCUGAUCCACUGUUCGCUUACUGCGCUGCCGUUGUGGCUACCAUUGAACUACACCAGAGCUUCGUAGAAGAGAAACAACAUCAGCACAAACAACGGCGAAGGCAGAGCUAUCAAGCGUGCCUCGACCUCAUCGCCAGAUUAACAGACACGUGGCCAGCAUUAGAGCACGUGAUAAAUAAAUUGAAUAAUCUCAAGCAGCAUAUGAGCAGCUCAUAUGAGUCCAACUUUGCCAAAAACGAUGGGAAGAUCUGCGUCGACGUCUCCAUCUUCUUCUCAAUUCUUGAUCUACCCAAGUUCUACACAUCCGAGAGAUCCAUGGGGGCCGAUGAGUCCAUAUUCGGACCAUCUCUGACCCAUGAAUCCUGCCCUGAGCUAUUUAGGCGUGCUCAACUGCCGUUAUUACCUCUCAUAACCGUGAUGGAGCCUUCAUCUGAUGUGCAACCUCGGCAUGGCGAUAUUACCACCGACGGCAACGGAGCGGCCCCUCAGCUCGGCUUUCCUGCCAAUACGGUUUCACAAUUUCCCAUCUCGGACGAUUCCAUGCUGUUUCCCGCGGAACAAUUCUUUGGUGCGUUUUUAUGUCCAAAUGUGAAUCCGUGGGAACCGAUGAUGGACAUGGCUGGGUCCAAUGUGCCUCCCCAAGCAUGA